AUGUCUUCCGGUACAAGCAUCACGCUGAGACCCACCAAGACCCUUGGAUUGGGUAUCUGGGAUGUUCAGUUGCACGAACGAGAUGAUUCAAGCUCACAAAGUGAAUCUUCGGGAUCUGCUACAGCGUCAUCUGCAGGCUCAGGUUGCGUUACUUGCACAUCAACACCACCGUGUCCCGUGUGUGCCGAAGACGAACAGUGCGCAAUUUCGCUACAGCGAUGCGACCAGUGUGCGCAGACGUAUUGUACAAAAAAAAAUGGAGCACUGUCGUCAGGUUCUAGUUCGUCUUCUGUGGCGAGUUCGACCGCAACAACGGGUUCAAAUUCCAAGUCUUCUGACUCCGGAAAGAUUGGAGGCAUCGUAGGGGGUGUUAUUGGUGGUGUGGGCCUGAUAGUAGUGCUGUUGUUGCUCUACUUAUAUCUCAAAUAUUGGCGUAAAAAUCGUACGCGUAAUAAGGAAGUUUUGGUGGCCCAUGAACAGUUUGACACCGAUUUUGACGGAGGCCGAGGCCCAUCUGGCAACACUCAGGAGACUGGGUCCCUUUAUCAACCCAGAAAUAGAAGUUCUGCUGCCACUCAAAUGACCAAGGCUUCAAACAUAUUACCUAUCGCAUACAUCCCGGGUGUCACCGCUGGCGGUCGCAGCCAAAGUAAACUGCCGCCUUUACCACGACACCUCUUGCGUAACGGUGACACCAGAUCGCACAUCACGCUGGGGUCUUCCAUUUUGGGUGACGAUGACAACGAUCUUGAAGCAGAUGGCUUGGCAAGCACACCAAAAGAAGGCGUCAAUGAAGAUAGCUCUGGGGGUUCUCGGGAUGCUUUAACCACAGCAAUUAGGGCCCGUCCAAAACUAGUACAGAUCAACGAGGAAGAAGACGAGGAGCCCGUUGAAAAGGAGUUUGGUUUGGAAGACCAUGAACAUGUUCACAGAACGUCCGAAAUUCAUCGUGAAAAUGAAAAGGAACCUUGGGUUACCACUGCCAUUGUCCCAUCGAGUGGAGAAAGCUCUCGCCAGGAAGAACCGCAUGGUGAUGAGCAUCGCGUCUCGAGUGGAGAUGACGAUGAUGACGACGAGGAUGAUAGCGGCAGUUUCAUUCUCGAUGUAGGAAUGGAACACUAG